UGUAUGUGCGGCAACAACAUGUCGGCGCCGCUCCCUGCCAUCGUCCCGGCCGCCAGGAAGGCGACGGCUGCCGUCAUUUUUCUUCAUGGAUUGGGAGACACCGGGCAUGGAUGGUCAGAAGCGCUUGCAGGUAUCAAAAGCCCCCAUGUAAAAUACAUUUGCCCACAUGCGCCAGUUAUGCCAGUUUCAUUGAACAUGAACAUGGCUAUGCCAUCAUGGUUUGAUAUCAUUGGACUUUCUCCAGAUUCACAGGAGGAUGAAGUUGGGAUCAAGCAGGCAGCAGAGAAUGUUAAAGCACUGAUAGAUCAAGAAGUAAAAAAUGGAAUUCCUUCUAAUAGAAUUAUUCUGGGAGGCUUUUCUCAGGGAGGUGCUUUAUCAUUGUAUACAGCUCUUACAACACAACAAAAAUUAGCAGGUGUUGUAGCCCUCAGCUGUUGGCUUCCUCUACGGGCUUCUUUUCCUCAGGGUCCUAUCAGUGGUGUCAACAAGGAGAUUGCUGUUCUUCAGUGCCAUGGGGACUGUGACCCAUUGGUUCCUUUAAUGUUCGGUUCUCUCACUGUUGAGAAGCUAAAGAGUAUGAUAAAUCCAGCCAAUGUAACCUUCAGGACUUACUCUGGCAUGAUGCAUAGCUCAUGUAUUGAGGAGAUGAUGGAUGUAAAACAGUUCAUAGACAAACAUCUACCUCCCGUAGACUGAAAUGAUACGUGAGAAGCCUUCUAUAUAAAUACACCAGCAUCAACUGUGGUAGAGUGCUAAUCUUUUCAUAUGCCUCAUAGGAAGCAUUACUUCUAUACCUGCAGUGUUACUACUGUGUUGCAAAUUUAUACUUAGGAUGAGGAUUAAAUAAUACACAUGUACAAGAAAUUAUAAUCUUUUUAGCAUUAAGCGUCCACUGGUGGGACUAUAUGAAUGAGGGAGCUAGGGAGCAAUGACAGAAUGUAACCUAAGCAUACUGUUUAAGACAUCUGGUUUUUUUUGAUUGCAGAAUUUUAAACUAUUGGUACAAGUAAUAAAAACCUAAAUUUGUGAGCAACAUAAAUGUGACCAGUUUAGUUACACUUGAGACAUGAUUUGUUAUAAUACUCAUUGAAAAUGUAUUAAAGCAUUUCCUUUAUGUAAUGGAUGCAUAAAGUACACAAUAUGUAACAUAGCAUAUGAUGGUAAAAUAAAUGUUACCAAGGACAAAGCUUUAAAUAUUAAAUGCUAAUUGUUACUCCAGAUAAGGACAAUUGCUCUCUUAGAAUGGCUAGAAGUCAGCGAAGGUAUUUCCUAUAUUUAAACCACCUCAAUUUUUAACUGUUUUCAUAUAGGUAUAUAUUGUGGAAAUUCUAAAGGGACUCAUUCCUUAUUAGACCGUCAUUUGUUGCUUAUUGUCUUUUUUUGUUUUUUUGAUUACUAUAAACUCAUGUCAAAUGCUGAGUUGGAACAGAAUUCUGAAGAAGUGCAUAGGAUUAAUUUGAGUUUCAUUUAAAAAUUCCUGGUUUUGUACUGAAUAUUCAUCCUGUGCGUUAGUCUUUGUAGCUUUCAUUUGUGUAGAAAUGUUGAUGAUAUAUUUUACAUGAGCAAUUCUAGCAUAUAGUUUUGAUUUUUCUGUCUGCUGAAACAAGGCAGCUGUGUAGUUUUGUGUGUUGUUGAAGUCUCAGCUGUUAACAGAGACAUCGACUAAUCUGAAUUAUUUUUAAAUGGAAAUAUAAUUGCAACUGGGAUAUAACUUGCUUAAACUUUAAAUUGAUACCAUCUAAUACUUUCUUCUAUUGCAUGUUCAGACUUGAGUUUUUUCUGAAAAAGAACAGGGAAUUUUAUUUUCAAAUAUAUCAUUCUACAUUUCCCUAGAUCAGUAUAGCCUAGGAAUAUGAAGACCUACUAUGGGGAAAAAAAUAAAUCUACAAGAUACAGAAUGUCUCUUCUUUCAGAAGCUUAAAAUUCUAGAAUGCACUGGGUUACAGAAAUCAAUGCAUGCUCAACAGCUUUUUGCAGUUAAAAGCCAUAAUUUACUUCUGGAAACAGCUGGUCUCCUGUAGAGUUCAGAAGCUGUCACCACACUUAGGAAUGUUUAAAAAAUACACUACAGUUUCUACUAUAUAAUAUGCUGCAUAACAACAUUCUAUACUAUAGUAUGUUUGCAAGCAAAGAAUAUUCCUAUUUUGGAUGCAUCUGUGUUGUCAGCACUGUGCUUCAUACCAGCUUAAUCAAGUGGUCAUCUUACAGUGUAUAUGGAUUUAUGUCUGAGACAUCUGCCAGUACAAAUGCAUAAAUGGGGGAUUACACCUUUAUAUCCCUUCUUUAACACAGCUGCUGUCAGAAAUCGGGCUUGUUCACCUAGUGUGAGUUCUCAGUUUUCAGUGCUUUUCUUCAUAUGGGUUGCACUUCAUUUUUAGGAAGCUGUUUUUCUUUUCCAAGCCAGUUUCUCUGGAUUAUUAAACAUCUCUUAAUAUGUAAAAUUGAAAAGGAUUUUUUUCUAAAUGGUAUUGCAACACUUUUAGAUAUGCCAUUUGUGUGUUUGAGAGAGCAUGUCUGUUAACUUUGAAGUUUAAUUAGUCUUUUCCCUCAGUCACCCUGUUCUAUUUAUCUGCCAAUUUGUCUUUCAGUAAAUUUAGUUCACAGAAUAAACCGUAGUAUUUUUACUGUAGUUGUGCCAAAGUUCUAUUGAGAAAACAGUAUGUCUUAGCUUGGAGUCAUUCCCAAAUUGCUUUAGCUAAUUUUGCAGUCCUGGUGAAUUGUAAACUUGAUAAGCAAGCUAUACGUUAUUUCUCCUAGUUUUUAGAUUUAUCCUCAUGCCCCUGUUGUCUAAAUAAUUCCCUGAGUAUUGGCAUGUCUCCAAAGUUCUGCAGAAGCUUCUGAUUUCUCCUUUAUUAUUUUCAUGUUCUGUUUGUGAAUUGUUUGAUAAUGCUGUUCAGCUGUCUUGUUCAACUGCUAUUUGACUGUGUGCUCACUUCACAUAUUCUUUCUUCUGCUAGAAAUACUUUUUUAAAGUAAUUCUAAGAUGUUAAAAUGAGAUCAGUCCUAGCUUUAUUCUGUGUUAGCAUCAUAACACUUUCUUCAGUUUGGUGAACUCUUCACAGCUUGUGGUCAGUUUCUAGUACUUAACACAUUUUAAUCCAAGUCAGCUUCAACUGUUGUCUCCAUGGUGCUGUCAGAUGUUUUUCUAGAAAUGCUUUUUGUGCUGACUUUGUUCAAAUACUCAGCUAUCACAGUAAGAUUUUUUUCAUACUGUUGUUUUGCUGCUUGCAUUAUCUAUAAAGAGCUGCGUUACCAAAGUAAAUGUAAGUAAAUGUUGUGACUUACUCUGAAUUUCUGUACUCUAGGAAGAAUUCUUCCCCUCAAGUUGUUUCUUUUGCAGGGGUAUAUGAGUAUGUUGUAGUUGGGGGUUGUUAAAGAACCCAGAAGCUAGAGGAAACUUAAAGGGUGUGUUUGAAGCCUAUGCUGUCUUCUCCAAUAUUACAGUGUUUAUCUUGAGCUCCUGUCUUUUCUAACUUCCCAGCUAGUUGGGAAGCUGUGUGUAUGACCUUGUAGCUGAACUUCUUCACUACCUGAAGAGAUUUGAUGCUGGGAUUGUUGUAAUGAUUGCAUGUAUUUUUAGGCUGAAUGAUAGCUCAGUCGGGUGUGGGGGUUUUCGUAAUAUUCUGUUAAAAUAGAGAAGUUAGACUGUCAGUGUUCUAAAUGAGUGUCCCAGCCUCAUAAACUACAAUUUGAAACUGUCCAGUAAUGAAGCUUAUUUUUUGUGAUGUUAGACUUCCCCAAAAGGGGAUGAUGUCUGCCAAACCUACGAAAGCAUUGAUACGAAAAUACCUUGCUUGCAGAACAGUUUGUUUCAGUGGGUCUCUAACUCCCUUAAUUUCAAAAUGGUACUUAAAUUUGACUGCAGUUUUGUGCAGUCAGAAGUCUGACUUCUUGUUGGAGUAUGUUGUCCACUUUUUAAUAAAUAUGUUGAAUUAUGUAUUAUAAGCCAAAUCUUCCAGCCAUUCUUGAAGUAAACCUGUGCUGGGGUCUGUACUGUGGUGAGGGCUGUAUGAUUUGGUCUCUUCAUCCUAUCUUGUGUAAUUACAACACAGUAGAUUGGUACAAGUACUGUACACUGUAACUGGUAUUAGAACUGUUAAUUAAAACAUGUUCACUCUAAUGGAGUAUAUUGCACUUCAUUGAAAGCAUGAGGAUGCAUCUUUUAUGUGGAGGUGCUAUUUGUGUUGAUGGAUAUGACUGAGAAGGAAUUGUAUAAGAUGUUAAUGAAGCCAUAUGUGUAAGACCUGUGUAUCUUAAAUUUUAUAAAGAAAUACUGAACACUCA